GUAUCAUUAAUCGAAGUGUAGAUAACGUUAUCAUUGAUAAAUUGAAAAACAGUCCGACAAUCGACACAACACAUUUGAUUGGUAAAAAUAUUAGUCGGUUCUGUUUUGGCAAGACGUCUUCAGCAGUGGAAACAUUAAGUGUUGAACAAUUAUACGCUGACGAGAGAUGCGUCUUCUACCUUGUAUAAAAUCUUAUGACGAAGGAGUUGAUCAUUCAAAGCAGAUAGACAGAGAGAUCAAAGAAUGGAUCAAGACGUACAACGAAGCAAUCAAGCUUCUACUCUUGGGCACAGGUGAAAGCGGGAAAACGACUAUUAUAAAACAAAUGAAGAUUCUGCACGUAAAAGGAUUUAGUCACAGUGAACGAACGGCAAUGAUUCCACACAUUAGGUUCAACACACAUGAAGCAAUCUAUGAGAUAAUACAAAAUAUGCCUGUACUUAGUAUAGGUUUGCAGAAUGCUAAACACGUGCGCGCACAGCAAUACCUACUCAAAGUCGGCCCUGAAGGACCACAGGAGUACACUGAGGAAUAUUUCGACAACGUACGAGAUCUAUGGCAGGACGCCGGAGUUAGAGAAUGUUUUAAAAGAGCCAAUGAAUAUCAAUUAAUUGAUAGUGCUGAAUAUUUCUUAGACAGAAUAGAUCUGAUUGGUAAGGAGGACUACGUGCCUUCAGACGCUGACAUAUUGCGGUGUCGUCGGAAGACCACCGGCAUACAGAAGAUUGAGUUCAAAGUUAAGGUUCCUAAAUCAAUGCAUGGUGGUACACAAGACUUCUGGAUGUUUGAUGUCGGCGGCCAGCGGGGGGAGAGAAAGAAAUGGAUACAGGUAUUUGAAGGUAUCCACGCGAUCUGGUUUGUAGUGGCAUGCAGCGAUUUUGAUCAGACAUUGCGAGAAGACAACUCACAGAACAGACUUAAAGAAGCACUCAUUCUUUUUGAAGAUGUUUGGCAAAGCAGGUUCCUCCUUGAAGCUGGUAUCAUAGUAUUCCUUAACAAACAAGAUCUGUUAGAGACUAAAAUAAAACAAGGCAGGAGUAUAGCGCCAUACUUCCCCAAGUACAACCAUUUUGAGGCCUCAGGAGACGAGUAUACAAGAACAAAGCUAUUCAUUAGAAAUCUUUUUGUUAAUUUAACAACAAAGAAGCGAGAACGUCGCCAUAUUAUAGCAUCAGCGGAGAGGUUCGUGGUGCUGGAGGCGAGCAGAGCUCGGGAGUGCUACUUCCACUUCACCACAGCGACUGACACACACAACGUGCGCACCGUCUUCCGCGACGUGCACCAGAUGAUACUUACACACAUACUCAGCAAUAUCGGCGUCUACUGACAACGGUCUACUGGCCUACUGACACCAAAACGGUCUACUGAUCUACAGAGAACCAGUCUACUG